GUUGGCUUGUCAUUACAUGAUACUCACAACAACAAUUAGCCGCUUUAUUUGUACUUAUAUGCCAGCAAAUCCCAAUCUUAAAACAAUCAAAUCUGUGUCCUGAAUACCUAGUUCUAGGACUUUUUGCAUUUAUCCGGAAUCCUCCUGAAUUCUGAUCGUACAAAGACAACAUGAGCAAAGCAGUCCUGCCCAAAGAUUUCACAUGGGGUUUCGCAACCGCGAGGUACGUCCUCUUCAAGUAGAGCCCCAAAUCCCACACUAACCACCUAUAAGCUACCAAAUUGAAGGAGCUCCAGAAGAAGAUGGCCGUGGUCCCUCCAUCUGGGACACAUUUUGCAAAAUCCCGGGUAAAAUCGCAGACGGGAGUUCAGGAGACGUAGCCUGUGACUCCUACCAUCGAGUUCCGGAGGACAUUACACUUCUCAAACUUACGGGGGCAAAAGCCUAUCGAUUUUCCAUCUCCUGGUCUCGUAUCAUUCCGCUAGGAGGUCGUAAUGAUCCGGUUAAUGAGAAGGGCAUUGCUUAUUAUGCUAAUUUGGUGGACGGAUUGCUAGAUGAGGGAAUUACUCCGUUUGUUACUUUGUUUCAUUGGGAUUUACCUGAUGCGUUGGAUAAACGUUAUGGGGGGUUGUUGAAUAAGGAGGAGUUUGUUAAGGAUUUUGCGCGCUAUGCUCGGGUGCUUUUUGAGGCGUUGCCGAAGGUUAAGAAUUGGAUCACGUUUAAUGAACCUUGGUGUUCGUCAAUCUUGGGCUAUAGUACUGGAUUGUUUGCGCCGGGUCAUACGAGUAAUAAGUUGAGAAGUCAGGUUGGAGAUAGUAGCACGGAACCUUGGACUGUGGGACAUAAUAUUCUGGUGGCUCAUGGCGCGGCUGUCAAGAUCUAUCGGGAGGAAUUCAAAGCAAAGGACGGUGGUCAAAUCGGAAUUACUCUCAAUGGUAAUAUAUCUUGCAUACCCUCAGACGAGAAGCAUCUUAACCCAUACUAACACCACAUCAGGUGAUGCCGUAUACCCCUGGGACCCCGAAGACCCAAAGGACGUUGAAGCCGCCGAACGCAAACUCGAAUUCAGCAUAGCCUGGUUCGCGGACCCAGUCUACCACGGCAAAUACCCCGAUUCCAUGAGAAAGCAACUAGGCGAUCGACUACCCAGUUUCACCGACGAAGAAGUAGCGCUCGUAAAGGGAUCCAAUGAUUUCUACGGUAUGAAUCACUAUACGGCUAAUUAUAUCAGACAUAAAACUACGGCUCCUGAAUUAAAUGAUUAUAUUGGAAAUCUCGAUACGUAUUUUGAGAAUAAGAAGGGAGAGAAUAUUGGUCCGGUGACGCAGAGUGUUUGGCUACGUCCUAAUCCGCAGGGAUUCCAUGAUUUAAUUUUGUGGAUUUCAAAACGUUAUGGUUUUCCACCUAGUAUGUGUCUUUCCCAUCCAUCCAUCCCCUCCCUACCCUCCCCUUCCCCAACCACCAAACUAACCCCUCCUCCCCUCCCCCAUAGUCUACAUAACCGAAAACGGCACCUCGAUCCUCGGAGAAAACGACAUUUCCUACCCCGAAAUCCUGAAAGACACAUUCCGCGCCGAAUAUUUCCAGAACUAUAUUCGAGCGAUGGCUUUAGCAGUCGAAGAAGGGGCGAAUGUGAGAGGGUACUUGGGAUGGAGUUUGAUGGAUAAUUUUGAGUGGGCUGAGGGAUACGAGACUAGGUUUGGGGUUACGUAUGUGGAUUAUGAGGGGGGACAGAGGAGGGAAGCGAAGGAGAGUGCGUUGGUUUUGAAGCCGCUUUUUGAUGAGUUAAUUAAGAAGGAGUGAGAGGGGGUAGGAAGGGCUGGGACUGGGCGGUCGGUGGUAUUGGUCAUUUGAAGGCUUUAGGUGGUAUUUUAAGCUCAUUG